AUGAGUGGUGUUAGUGACGAUUACUUUGGCCCUCAGGUCAACGGCUAUUUCGACUUCACCGUCCUCUUCGAGCAAGCCAUUCUCUCUAUUUUACCCACCGCCUUGCUCAUCAUCUUGGCUCCCAUCCGCAUCAUAUGGCUUCGCGGCAGUGAUAUACGCGUUCGCUCGGGGACACUCCUGUGGCUCAAGCUGGUCGCCAUCGGGGUGUUCACCUGCCUUCAAAUAGUUCUCGUAGCAUUAUGGGCCCUUCCAUCGACACCCAGCACGCGCACCUCGGUCGCAGAAAGCGUCCUGGGCCUAGUCGAGGCCGCCGCGAUCGCCUCACUCUCGUACACCGAACAUAAACGCUCCAUCCGCCCGUCCGCACUGCUAGGCCUCUACCUGGUCCUCACCAUCGUUCUUGACAUCGCCCAGGCCAGGACGCUCUGGCUCAGGGACGGCCUCACCUCCGUCGCGGGCGUCUUCACCGCGUCUCUGUUCGCCAAAGUGGUCAUUCUUGCCCUCGAAGAGACACCGAAGCGGGUCCUCCUGCCCAGCAGCGAGAAGGACGUCGCCGUCGAGUCGACGACGGGGGUCGUGAGCCGGAGUCUGUUCUGGUGGCUCAACUCCCUGUUCUUCCAGGGCUUCCGGCUGCUGAUCGGCCUCGAGGACCUCGGUGCCAUCGAUCCCAAGUUCGAUUCGGCGCGUUUGCUUGGCAUGCUUGAUCGGUCAUGGGCCAAGAGCAAGAAGGACAGCAACUGGAGCUUGGUCUUCAGCACUUUUUGGGCGUUCAGAACCACGUUCCUGGCCGGCGUCUUCCCUCGGCUUCUUUUCGCGGGCUUCACGUUCGCGCAGCCGUUGCUUGUCAAUCGCAUUGUCAACUUUGUCGGAAGCCCCUGGACGGAUGACUCGAAGAACAUCGCCGCUGGUCUCGUUGGAGCUACGGCAUGUAUCUACGUCGGCCUUGCUGUUUCGCGAUGCUGGUACCAACACAUGACUUUCCAGCUGGUGACCCUAUUCCGCGGCGGUAUCGUGUCUCUGAUUUUCAAGAAGACGCUUAACCUAGACGCCUCUGCCAUCAAGGAUUCGGCACCCGUCACGCUCAUGAGCGUUGAUAUCGAGAACAUCGCCGUAUCGAUGACGUUCAUUCACGACGUCUGGGCCGCUGCGGUCGAGCUACCGGUCGGUAUCUAUCUGCUCUAUCGCCAAGUCGGCCCGCCUUGUUUUCUCCUUCUCAUUCCUGGACUGCUGUGUACGGGUAUCACCACGAAACUAUCGGCGCGCAUGGCUCCGGCGCGAGUGGCUUGGAACCAGGGCGUCCAGAAGCGCGUCUCCAUAACAUCAUCUAUGCUGAAUCAGAUCAAAGGCAUCAAGAUGAUGGGCCUCACGGAUCACUUCUCCAGCAUUGUGCAGAAGCUGCGCGCCACGGAACUCAAACUGUCCGUCAAGUUCAGGGUUCUCAUCACCGGUCUCAGCGUUAUAGUCGGAAUCGCUGAGCAGAUGACACCUGUGGUCAUCAUCGCCGCUGCCGUAUUUUGGACUCGAUCCGAGCAAGGGCUAAGCAUCGCCGAGGCCUUCACCGCGCUAUCCAUCAUCGUGCUGGUUUCCGGCCCGCUGAUGAAGCUGAUCAUGUCCAUCAUACAGCUUAUGGGUGCCUUUGGCUGCUUCAUGAGGAUCCAGAGUUUCCUACUCCUGGACGAGCUUGAAGACCAACGACAGAUCUUGUCGAAGUCUGAGAAGGCCUCUCUCGACUCUGUACAUCCGCGACCGAGCCUCCAUGGAUCAGACACACAGCCCCUUACCCCCAGAUCAGCCGAAGUAUUGGCAAGUGGCGUCAUCGAGCUUCAGUCUUUGAAGACGAAGGAUAGACCGGUGUCAAUCGAAGCCGGUAGGCCUCUGGUGACCAUCCAAGACGCGAACUUCUCGUUGAAAGACGGCACCGAGAUUCUCAGAAACACAUCUUUCACCUUACGGGCCGGUACUAUCUCCAUGGUCGUGGGCAAGGUCGGAAGCGGAAAGUCUUCCCUACUCAAGGCCAUCCUCGGUGAGCUCAGCAUCAGCUCCGGCACCGUCACCCUGUACACUUCCUCCGUCGCAUUCUGCGACCAAAGCCCCUGGCUGCGCAACGUUUCCGUCAAGGACAACGUCACCGGUCAGGUUCCGUAUGACGCCACGUGGUUCUCCGCAGUCGUCCGCGCUUGUGCUCUGGACCAAGACAUCAGUCUCUUCCCCAAAGCCGAAAACACACUUGUUGGCACAGGGGGCAUCACGUUGAGUGGCGGUCAGAAGCAGAGAGUGGCCCUGGCCCGUGCCGUAUACUCUCGCAAGAAGUUGCUUCUGCUCGACGAUGUCUUCAGCGGGCUUGAUAACUCGACUUCCAAAGCCGUCUUCCAGCGCCUUCUCGGACCGAGCGGCCUCAUCCGUCAAGCUGGCAUGACGGUCCUCCUUGCAACCAACCACGUCAACUUCCUCCCCGCCGCAGACUACAUCACCAUGAUCGACGACGGGGCCACUCUCCACAACCAGAUCACGUUCGACUCCGUGCCGCGCUCCGUCUGGGGCCACCUCGCCGAGGACGUCAAGGGCAAAGAGCCCGUCCCAGACGACGCAGAAGAUUCCGAUGAACACGUCGAAGAUGCGAAGCCAUCCAAGGCCGAGGCCCCUGUGUCUACGAACCCGAGGGUCACGGAAGCGGAACUGACGAGACAGACCGGCGAUACGGAAGUCUACAAGCUUUACUUCAGGUCCAUGGGCUGGCGCAUGCUGGGCCCGUUCAUCUUCAUGUCCGUGCUAUUCGUGGCCCUCGCCAAACUCCCGCAGAUCUGGCUGCGGAUCUGGACCGAGGAGGGCACCAACGAGCGUCCCGCCAUGUUCUUCGGCAUCUACUUGAUGUUCGCCCUCCUCUGUCUAGUUAUGAAUGGCGUCUCCAUCAGUUUCUGGAUGCUCAUCGCCAUCCCCCGUUCCGCGCGGCAUCUACACCAGAUGCUCCUCGACGCCGUCCUAGCCGCCCCCCUCCUCUUCUUCACGACAACAGACAGCGGCGUCACCCUCAACAGGUUCAGCCAGGACAUGGCCCUAAUCGACCACCGCCUCCCCAUGUCCGCCUACGCAGCCCUCCACAGCAUCCUCUUCGUCCUCGCCGAGACCGCCAUCAUCGCCUCCGGCGCCACCUACGUCGCCGCCCUCGUCCCCCCGUCCUUCGCCGCCCUCUACCUCCUGCAGAAGUACUACCUCCGCACCUCCCGCCAGCUCCGCCACAUCGACCUCGAGGCCAAGUCCCCGCUCUUCACGCACUUCACAGAGGUCCUCGCGGGGCUGCCCACCCUCCGCGCCUUCGCCUGGCGCCCCGCCAUGCUCCGCGAGAGCCAGGCCCUGCUCGACGCCUCCCAGCGGCCGUACUACCUCUUCUUCUGCGUCCAGCGCUGGCUGAACGUCGUGCUCGACCUCUUCGUGGCCGGCAUGGCGCUGGUGCUCGUCGCGUUCGCGCUCUUCUUUGGCGGGACCACGACCAAGGGCGCCAUCGGGCUCGCGAUGGUGAACAUCAUCAGCUUCAACCAGACACUGGGCAACUUCAUCGAGAUGUGGACCAUGCUCGAGACCAGCCUGGGGGCCAUCACGAGGUUGAAGUACUUCGUCGAGUUCACCCCCCGCGAGGACCGCGAGUGCGAGAGGGAGCUCCCGCCGCCGACGUGGCCGGAGAACGGCAAGAUCGAGAUCGGGAACGCCACAGCUUCUUACAGCGACGAUACCGACCCGGUCCUCAAGAACAUCACCCUCACAAUCCACCCCGGUCAAAAGGUCGGCAUAUGCGGCCGCUCGGGCAGCGGCAAAUCCUCCCUCCUCCUCGCCCUCCUCCGCCUCCUCGACCUGCAGAACCCCUCCGGCACCCUCGCCGUCGCCUCGCGCUCCCUCCUGACCGCACCGCGCUCCGCCGUCCGCGCCGCCCUCACCACCCUCCCGCAGGACCCCGUCCUCCUCCCCGGCACGGUCCGCGACAACAUCGACCCGGCGGGCCACAACCCGGACGCGGACCUCGUCUCGGCGCUGCGCAAGACGCGGGUCUGGGACGCGGUGGAGGCGCGCGGGGGCCUGGACGCGGAGAUGGCGGAGACGGGCCUGUCCGCGGGGCAGAAGCAGCUGUUUUGUCUGGCGCGGGCGGUGCUGAGGAGGAGGAGGGGGGGCGUGGUGUUGUUGGACGAGGCGACUAGCAAUGUUGAUCACGCGACCGACGAGGAGGUCAGGGGGGUGGUGAUGGGGGAGUUUGAGGGGGUUACUGUUGUGGAGGUCGCGCAUCGGCUGGAGGCUAUUGUUGGGUAUGAUGUUGUCGUCGUCAUGGAUGAGGGGAGGGUUGUGGAGCGAAGCCAUAACCUGCACCCUUGCCCUAAGAUCGAGCAAAUCAGGAUCCGGUCGGAGCUCCGGGUCCCCCCACCGAAUCGUAAACUCAUCACCCUCACAAAUCCGACGGCGCCCCUCGAAGCAAGCCACAUCAAGAUACCGCUCCCGCGCACCCACGGCGCGGAGGACGUCCCCAGGCUUGGCACCCAAAUCGCCCCUCCAUCUAAAUCUCGACUUCCGACCGGUCCUCCGAUAAAGAAAUCGAACCCGGACCGUCACGCCGCUCUCGUCGUGCGCGACGGGCACCAGCGCGAUCGUCCCCGCGUCCCAGGCCCGGCGCACGUCGGCGUGGAGGCUGAGCAUAUUCUACAGGUUCUCCAGCGGGGGGGCCACCAGCCGCGGGCGGCCUCGAGUGAGGCGACGACCUCCACUGCGUAG